UUGAUUUGGUUGAUUGAUUGGUUAUAUUUUUAUUUUAUUUAAGUCGUGCAUAAAUAGUAAUUGUGAUUUCUUGGUGUAAUAUUAGUUUAUAUUCACUAUCUAAACAUAUGUUAUAACUAUUUAUACGUAAUGAAAGUAUUUUAGAAGUUUCUACGCUCUUUUACGAUGAAUAGUUUUCACAAAGCAAAUGAUUUCCGUGUUUCUAUAAAUGGGACCAAAUUAAAAAAUAACCUGCCUUUCGUAUCUUCUGGAAUACCAUCAUUGGAUUAUGUUAUUGAGGAGGAUAUUUUGGGUAACUACAGCAGAGUCCUUACAAAAUAUUUCCUUGCUGAAGGUGUCACAUGCAAACAUGGUUUAUUAGUAGUCUCAGCUGAUGAAAAUCCUACAGAAAUUGUGCAUGAAUUACCACAGCCAUGCACAGCAUCGUCUGAUGAUGAAAUUCAUACAGCAUCUCGUGGAGUGGACAAGAUGAAAAUAGCCUGGAGAUAUGAGGGCCUUAGUCAAGUGGAGUCAUCAUUUGGUAGUAACACAAACUUCGGACAUCAUUUUGACCUGAGCAAACACAUAGAUGCCGAUACAAUUAAAAAUAGUAAUAUCAGAUACUGUGACCCGAAUAUUGAUAAACAUGAUAUAACAGGUUUCCAAAAUAAUUUAUAUAGCAACCUAAUAAAUGUUAUAAAAGAUACUAUAUCACAAGAAGAAUAUCAACAGAGAGCCAAACAAAACAAAAACAUGCUUCGAAUUAGUAUACAAUCUUUGGGGUCGCCUAUUUGGAUGGCAAUGGACUGUGACGAGACUGGAGUUGGGAUGCGAUAUGGACAUGAUUUAAUAAAAUUCAUAUACUGCCUUAGAGUACUGCUUCGAGAUACAAAUGCUGUGGCAUUUGUCACAUUACCGUCACAUUUAUUUGAUGAUGACAAUAUAAUGAAAAGAAUACUCUACACAGUCCAUAAUGCUGUGAAAAUUGAAUCUUUCGCUGGAUCAAGUCGUGAAACAAACCCUUUAUAUAAGGAUUACCAUGGUCUAUUUCACAUUACAAAAUUAUCAACACCCUUCUCAUUAGUGCCUUUUAUACCGCCAAGUUUGGAUCUUGCGUUUAAAUUGAAAAGAAAAAAGUUCCUCAUAGAAAAGUUACAUUUGCCUCCAGAACUACAAGAAUCGAGCGAAAGAGAACAAGAUGACAUCACUGCAAUACCAACUUGUGGAGGGUUCAAGAAAAAAGAUAUAGAUUUUUAGUUAAAAACAUAUAUAUAUAAUUAUAUGCAUUUAUUUGAAAUAAAUUGUUAUCAAA